UCAAUUUUCAUUUUCUUUCGUUUUGAUUUUGACUCUCUCUCACGCACCAAAUUUCCUCUCUGGCCGCACCAAAAAAAAAAGAAAGAGGAAAAUAAUAAACACAAAGGAUCAGAAAAAGAAGGUCGAUCUGGUUUAGUUUCUUCCCAUUUUAUUCGAAUGAAGGCUGAAUCUGGCGGGCAAGACGAGAUGGCUGGUGGUGUUGCAGCUGAAGGAGGCGGAGGCGGUGGAGAGGGAAGCACGUCAAGUGAAGCGACUAUAAAUGCCGCCGAAAGGUAUAUGAAGGAAGUGAUGGAGACGUUUGGGGAUCAAGAAGAGAAGUUGGUGAUGUUUCGUGAAAUCAUGAAUGAUUUCAGGACUGAGAGGACUGACAUAGCUGGUGUGGUUGGGCGAGUGAAAGAGUUAUUCAAAGGCCAUAACAACUUGAUUGAGGGAUUUAAUUUCUUUUUGCCAAAGGGAUAUGAAAUUACCGUCGACAAACAUCAGCCUCCUCCGGACACGUUGGAGUUUAUAAGGCUAGUAAAGGAACGUGAUGAGAGUGUUUAUAGACGAUUUAUGGAUGUGAUAUUUAGGUACCAGAGGGAGCACAUGGACUUAAUUAAGCUCUGUAGGGAGGUUGGUGCUCUUUUCUCGGAGGACUAUCCAGAUCUGUUUGUGAAGUUCAUAAGAUUUCUACCACCUACUUGAGCCUGAGAUAUAACUCCAUUCCCACAAAUUGCAAAGGAUCUUAUACAUAUAUACACUUGCCCAAUUUACCUAACAAAAAAAUAUAGUAAAUUCAUAUUAUUUCGUAUAUAUGAGUUUCUUUUUUUA